GCGAAAUGAAUCCAUGUACGCCAUGACCGGUCUGUACUCGGAAGCGCAAACCGACGACAGCAGCGCCGACAUUCCGCAGGACACCGAAUCGGAGUCAUUGCCGAUGUCGGUGAACACUGCCACGACCACGACAACCUCGGCAACGGCCACUGCCGACACCGUUAUCAAGUGCCACAGCCGACAGCCGUCCAGCAGCGUGAUGAUGGAUCGGGAAAAGCCGCUACCGAACGUGCUGCUGAUCAACGACGACUACACACGAGACUGCGGCAUCUUAAACUGUCGACCAUCGGCGGUACAACACUUUGCCCGGAUAAAGGUGUUCGUCCUGCUGCUUUCAAUCCUAGUAACCUUACAACAGGCGCUUAGUUCCGGCUACAUCAACUCAGUGAUUACGACAAUAGAGAAGCGGUUUGAAAUACCGUCCAGUUUGUCCGGAUUGAUUGCGUCUAGCUACGAAAUUGGCAACGUUAUCACGGUCAUUUUCGUAAGCUACCUUGGCAGCCGGCGCCACAUCCCGGUCUGGAUCGGUAUCGGAGCCGUCAUCAUGGGCAUUGGUUCGCUCGUGUUCAUGGUGCCACACUUUACCGGUGAGCCUAACCCGGGCAUUAUGAUUGACAAUAAAACGUCCGACAACAUCUGUCGAUUGGUGUCGGUACGCGAGCAGGAUAUGGGGCUUGGUAGGCUCUCGAAUAGCCUAUCCAAUCCGCCCCUUACGUCUCACAAUUUAAGAGGGGACAAUUGUCUCAAAAGCAAAUCGUCAACCUUCGGGCCUGUGAUACUGUUUGUAAUUGCGCAAAUAUUGCUCGGCGGUGGCGGAAGUCCACUGUUCACGCUCGGCACCACGUACGUCGAUGAUCACGUCCGGAAGGAAAGCUCAUCGAUGUAUAUCGGUGCCAUGUACAGUAUGGCCGCCUUCGGUCCAGUUCUUGGCUUCCUGCUCGGUGCUUAUCUGCUGUCCUUCCAUAUGGAUUCCUUUUCCGGUAGCGAUAUCAAUAUCGAUCCUGACGAUCGCCGAUGGGUUGGCAUGUGGUGGGGUGGCUUCCUGGUAUGCGGCAUCCUGCUCAUCAUAGUGGCGGUACCGUUUUUCUCCUUUCCGAAGGUUCUAACGCGCGAGAAGAAGAAAAUACGCAUUGCCGAACAGCGGUUACCCCAGCUGCAGCAAUUAACAUCGAAUAAUUCUAGCAGCCUUCCCCGAUCACAGCCGAAUCUGGCCCAGCAGCAAACGGGAACUCUGCAACAGCAGCAGCAGCAGCAGCAGCCGCAACAACAAACAGGACAUGCUGCCAAUAACGCUCCGCAAGCAAACAAAACGGGCGAGGACACCGGAUAUGGAAAGGACAUUAAAGACAUUCCCCAGUCAAUGUGGCGUCUGGUAACGAACCCGGUGUACAUUGUCACCUGUCUUGGCGCCUGCAUGGAGCUAAUGAUUGUGUCCGGCUUCGUGGUGUUCCUGCCCAAAUAUCUCGAGACGCAGUUCAGUCUGGGCAAGAGCCAAGCGAGCGUUUUUACCGGAUCGAUCGCAGUACCGGGCGCCUGUAUCGGUAUCUUCAUCGGUGGCUGCAUACUGAAACGCUUCCAACUGAAGCCGAAGGGUGCUGUGCAGUUUGUGCUUAUAUCGAACCUGAUAUGUCUAUCCUGCUACGGAUUGUUGUUCUUCCUUGGUUGUGAGAAUUUGAAAAUGGCCGGCACAACCAUACCGUACUACAACAGCUCAGCCCACAACGUGGAACCGUUCCAGGUGAAUCUGACGGCGGCGUGUAAUUUUGGAUGCGAGUGUCACAUGUACGACGUCGAGCCGGUCUGCGGCAACAACGGGCUGACCUAUUUCAGUCCCUGCCAUGCCGGGUGUACCGCGUUUUCGUCUAGCUCGAAUUACACAAACUGCGCCUGUGUACAAGCCAAUGUUACUAAUAACAGCAUUUAUCGAGGUGCCGAAGGAGCACAAGCGCAAGCCCUGAACGCACAUGAAGCUUUCGCCGAGGUCACGGUAGUGCCAGUAGCAACUGCGGGUGUUUGUAACACACCAUGUCGUACGAUCUAUCCAUUUCUGAUCCUGCUGUUCUUCAUGACGUUCGUCGUGGCGUCAACGCAAAUGCCUUUACUCAUGAUUGUUUUGCGAUCCGUCUCGGAAGAGGAACGAUCGUUUGCGCUCGGUAUGCAGUUUGUCAUCUUUCGACUAUUCGGCUACAUCCCGGCACCGAUCGUGUUUGGCAAUUUGAUUGAUUCUUCCUGUCUAUUGUGGAAAUCAACAUGCGGCGAAAAGGGUGGCCGGUGUUUGAUCUACGAUAUUGAAAAAUUUCGCUACAAAUACGUUGGAUUAUGUGCGUCAAUUAAAAUUAUUGCCUUGGUGAUCUUCAUCAUUGACUGGUGGCUCGUGAGACGACGGAAAAAUUUGGACAAGAUGAAUCCACUGUCGACUAAUGAAUUAGUUGGAUCGAUUAUAAGUUUAGACAAGUUGUUUGAGGAAAAGAGCACUUUGGAUGAUAGCAUUGCGGUACCGUUCAAUGGUGAAUGUAUUUCUGGAGACGCACUGGCCGAGAACAACAAGCGCAUUUUGGUCGCCAGUCGCCAUCAACGAAAUGAUUCCAAAACUAUUCAGCUGGAAUACCGGUACGACGAUGGUGUCCAUCAACCGUACCGUUUGCCACCGACAGCGUCGGCCGCUCGCAAACACUACCGCAGCAAUUCCUGUGAUAUCAAAAUCCAGCGCAGUAACUCAGCUACAAACCGGGAGGUAGACUUCCACGAUUGGAAGCUGAAGCGUUUUAUGCGCCACCAUACGCGCAACAACUCGCACGAUUACAACAACGAGCAGCACCGGCACCAGCAGCAAACGUCCUCCUCCUCAUCGGGUCAUCUCGGACGGUGGAUUGCGCUGCAGCAGCACCAUAAUACUGCAGGCGAUCAACAACAACAACCCCCUUCGCUGGCGUCGGGUGGUGCGAGCAACAUUCGGUACAUUCUAAACCAUCUGAAGCCGGGUUCGAGCAGUGGUUCGGAGCACGUAAAGCUGGGCUACAGCAGCAGCUGCAGUGGUGGUGCAGGCGUCGCAGGUCCAACGAAAAAGAAGCGCCACACGCGCAACUACUCGUACGGGCAGGAGUUCUCCUUCCUGCCAAAUAAUGUCAUAAUUCGGCUGGAUAACGACAUUGCAAACAAGUUCCUCAGCUCCACCGGGGCAUCCAUUACCGGGGGUGGCUCGUCGCGGAAAAGUUCCUUCUCGCAUGACGUGGCAGUGCUGAAGAACAACAACAUCGGUGUGCCGGGAUGUGGCGGUGUGUCUAGCGCAAAGCUAAACAACAUGAAGCACAGCAGCGAUCUCAACGAGGAGCUUGAAUCAAAGUACGGCAAGGGUCACUCGCGCACGAAUUCACGUGAUAUGAACUUGUUGAAUCUCGCGCCAAGCACGCUCGUUGGUGCCGGUUCGGUAGAACCGAGUGCACCGAGUGGCAUUCUUGGUGGCAUUAAAUCAUUGAUCGAAGACUCGAAUAGCAUAUUGCGUCAUCGACGCACCAACUCGAAGGAUCUGAAGUACGGUGGAUACCAACCGUGCAGUGGUACGGAAACGGCCACAAUCGGCGUCGGCACGAAUGCUCUCGCCCGCAAGCUUUCCUCGGCAACCGCUACACUGCCAACGGUUGAUUUGGGCCACGAGUCAACGGGUCUUGCUGGUCGGAGUACAUCCGUACUGGCACCGGUCGUAUCCUCCUGCCUUUCAACGAUCGCAUCCGACGUAGGAAGCGUACAGCCGGAAUCUUUGCAGCUACUGCUGGACAAAAACAGCGUGCUGCCAGAAGAGGAACCGACCUGCUGCUCUUCACCGUCUGCAUCUUCCUCCCCGUCAUCACCAUCCGCCUCUUCCGCAUCGUCUUCGGCAGCAAACGUUUAGCCGGAGCUGAGAUGUCCUAAAUGGCCCUGGUGGCGACGCUUUAUGAAAUCUGGUGAUGCAUUUAUGCGCAUGUUUGUCUCUAACUAAAAUAGGAAAUGAACCCCAAAGCAAAUGUUGGACCUUACAUUCUAAGCCGAAUCGUAACACAAUCUCCAUGAGACGAUGCAAUCUACCGGAAUGGUUCUCCUAGAAUUGUAACAUGCUAGGGUGAACAGCCUGCAGAAAAAAAAACAAUGCUAGCAAUGGUUUCAAUCCGUAAGUAGAGCUGUGUAAAGGUCAGGAGAGGUUAUGAAUUUGCUCCUCAACCCCAUUCCAUGGUGGAUGGUUGUACAACUUGAUAGUACCGACGUUGUGGUCGUGUUCUUUGCUGCAAACUAUAACGAUGUUCAAACAUUAAAAGCAUUUCAACAUCAAUGCGAUAUAAGCAUGUACAAUGUUCCGCAGAAUCGUGAGGAAUUCUCAAAUACUAUGAGUUUACAGAAGGAAAAAACUGAACAAGUCUAACCAAGUUGAUAACGAAUCCAUAGUAAUGCCCUUGUCAAUUUCUAUGUUUCCAUGCUUUUGGAAAGAGACACGCCGGUCCCUAAAGAAACCGAGAUCAAACCGAUCGAAGCAAUGCAUUACGACGUUGGCGUGUACUUGUUGCGUGCGUGUGAGAGUGAUUGUGUGUGCAUUUAGCUUUUAAGAAGUCGUACUGUGGAAGCGGAUGAAACGGACUGCUGGGAGCUUUCUGCCGGAAAGCAUACCAUUUCCGGUCAAGUGGAACAUGGGACUGAUGAACUGAGUGUAUAGGUAACGCAGAUGUAAUAGCAAUAUAAUCUAGAUCCUAUUGAUAUGUACACACUACAAUUGAUUCUCACACGAACAGAGAGGGGCGAGUUGUUGUGUAAGAGAGUCCAGCACAGCAUGUGAUGAUGGGCAGCGACAAGUUUUGAGAAAUCUCGGGUCGAAUAUAGCUGUAUAGGAUGGUAAAAGAAAACCAGUUAAUAAUCUAAAGCAAACAUAUUUUUUAUAUCAAAUUAUUAGCAAAAUGUUGCCGGUGGUUAGAGGUUGCAAAAGAAAGUGGAAGUGGUGACAGUAGCGGAAUGAAUGAUGCGAUAAGAAAUUUUAGUGAAAUGAAAUGUACAAUGGAAGGGAAAGGAGUUUUGGAAAGCGGAGGAAUGGUAGGAUAUUUUAAUGUCCAGAAGGAGGAAGCCCAGCAUAGAUGAAUGCAGUUAUAGUCGUAAUAGGAAGAAAAACAAACAUGCUACAGCAACACAAAGAGAUCCUACAUCCUCACCAACAAUCAACAACUCCCAAAAGUGGAAUCAAUAUGUUUCGUCAUUUGUUUAUCGCUAUAUUUUACUGUAAGGGGCUGUCGAGCAUUGUUUAAACUGAUCCUCUUCGUUUGCCGGAAACAGAGAACACAAAUGUAACAUCGUUUGGUUUGCCUUACCACGUUAGAAUUUUAGGAACGCAAUAGAAUUUUACCUAGACCGUGGUGUUUGCGGUGCAAUAGAGAACGAUUUUUAGAGCCUUUCGACUGGGCACAGGUUAACUAAUUGGAGCUGUGAGAGUUAAUUAGAAAAUGCGUUACGAUACGACGAUCGCCUGUGGGGGUACACAGUUUAGACGCGAGUGGGUUGUGACACGAUACCGGACAUUGCAAUGAGUGGAACAUUAGCUAAUCUAUACAGAACACAAAGAGAAGGUUGGAUUUUAGAGAUGAGACCCAAGUCAAGUUGCGUAUUUAGGUUUUGUUAAGUGUUUUUGAGUAUGUAGAAAAAAAAUAUUAUGAUUGAAACACCCUUAUUUGCUUAUCGUUUUGGGCAGUUUGAUGAAAAUAGUUAACCGUUGCAUGCUUUUUCAUUGACUUGGUAACAGUCCUUGUGCAUAUUUCAUUCAAUUACGGUAGAAUCAUCAUCGAAAAUUUAAAAUGUAGUGUUAAUUGUGGGUAAAAAUUGAUUCGUAACAAGAACAAAAAAAAAAACAAAAGCCAGAACCGUAGCAAAACGAAACAGGACUCGUGGGUUUUGUGUAUCUUGCCUUUUCUUUCCUUAAAAAUAAUAAUGUUACAAACGAAACAAACGCAGAAAAACAAAGAAAGGGUGUAAUGUUCCAGGUUUUAUUGCAUGGUAAAAAAAAUAAUACGUUUAAAGAGGACAAUUUAACAAAACAAAAAACAAAAGUUUCAAAUGUCGUCACCCUACGUACAUCGUUUUUUGGUAGGUUUUUGGUAGCAAUCCGUAGAGGCAUAGGAGCGCGUAUAUUAGAGAGAAUUUAACCGUUACUUAGCAACGUGGUGGCGCAUCCUUUUGAAAGGGAGCGGCGCACAGUUUAGUGAGUUUUAUUGCUUUAGAGCGCUCCAUUGCUGGGAUAGGUUUUCUUGGGGGAAAUCUUUACCAAAUUUGUAUCCGAUUCAUUAACGUUCGUUCCGGUGUUCGUGCUCUUUCAUUCCCAUUCGUUUCGGUCCAUUUUGAAUAGCAUUUAGUGUGGUGGUACCCAACCAACCUACCAUCAAUUAUUGUUGUAAUGGAAGAUCAAUAGUCACGAAACUGUUUUCCGUAACGUAUGUGAUGUGUCUGGUUUUUAAUCGUAGUUGCGCCGUUGUGCACACUCUUUACCGUCGAUAUGAUGAGCAUGAAGUUCCAGCCAAACCCUGCUCUCCUUUCUCUAUAGUGCGCCUGCUCUGCUAAAUAGAAGCUCGUUCCCACUCGUACGUUAAGUACCGUAUGUUAAGUACCAGGAUUUAUUAAGUAAGAUAAACAACAAGAGUAGUGUAACAUCCUCAUCCCACAAACACACACACACCCGACUCCCAGUACGUUAGAGAAUUCAGCUGCUCAUCAAAAACAUACAUAUCGUGCAACACAUAGCCUAUAGGUAACAAACAAACACAACAGAUAAUAGCAAACAAAUAAGCAAAUGCGUUUACAGUGCAGUUGUUGUGCGUACGUGCAAUGAAUAUAAUAGUAAUAAUAUUAAUUAAAGAAAUAACCCUUUCACAAACCGUGUCCUUAGGCUGGUACCAGCGCCUGGUACCGGGCGAAGAAACGUAAAUACAAACACCUCCUGCAUCAAGCAUAGCAACAAAACGAUAAAACCCAUGCUCUAUCCUUGAGCGUUUUCGCGUUCGUUUGUUUGUAAUCUCGAAACCCCCGUUGCAUUAACCACGUUGUCAAUUAUUGGACGAGAGCUUUUCUGGGUUUUGUGUAAUAAAAAAAACGCACAUCAUCCUUCUUUAGCAUCACCGUUCCGUCGGGAUUAUCACAUUUAAAGGGGACAUGUUUUGGCCAUGCUUUAGCUGCAGCGAUGUCCAUUUCAAACGUAUCGGUCCCAAUCAAAACGGUUUAAAGGUUUGGCAAACAGUGCAGCAUUUCAAAUGGUGGAAUAGUUCGUGAUGGUUGUCGUAGACCGGGUACCAGAAAAAAAUCUCCUCCCCAGCAAUUUAGUUAUUCUUUUAUUUUAUAAGAUGGUACAUAAAAACUAGAAAUACAUAUUGCAA